AUGUGGGCGUCCCGACAGCGGCAGCACCUGGCCCUGCUUGCUCAGAGCUACAAGUGGCUCAAGGCUCCGUACAUCAUUGGCGCGCCAAUGCGGGCUCUCGCCGGCCCCGAGUUGGCGAUGGAGAUAUCAACGGCUGGUGGCCUGGGAUUUAUCGGGCCUCCCGUCAAGAUUGCCGACGCCGCCGUCGACUUGGCCAAGGCAUCGCAGCUUGCACGCGCCUCAACCUCACCAAUUUUCCAACAACAUCUAUCAAGCUCAGAGACCUUGCCUGUUGGCAUCGGCUUCCAGACAUGGACCACUGAUUUAAAUGAAGCACUGAGCACUUUGCGGCAGAACAAGCCGUGCGCGGUCUGGCUAUUCGCGCCGAAACGUGGCCAGGCAGAACUUGAUGAGUGGACGACGGCGCUUCGAAAUGCCGAGCCAAACAUCCAAAUCUGGAUCCAGGUUGGCACAUUGAGAGAAGCUGUUGCCGCGGCCACGAGCUCGUGGCCGCCCGAUGUGCUGGUGGUUCAGGGCGCAGAGGCCGGCGGCCACGGCAGAGCGCAUGACGGUGUCGGCUUGCAGGCGCUUUUCCCCGAGGUCUCCGACGCAACCCGCGAGAGCGGUAUCCCUCUCAUCGCGGCAGGCGGCAUCGCAGAUGGACGGGGCCUCGCAGCCGCGCUGUGCCUCGGGGCCGCGGGUGGCGCCAUGGGCACCCGACUGCUGGCCGCCAAGGAGACUCGCAUCCGCAAGGGCUACCAGGACGAGGUUGUGCGCGCCAGCGACAGCGCGGCGUCGACGGUGCGCACGCACUUGUACAAUCAUCUCCGAGGUACCUAUGGCUGGCCUGAGCAGUUCGCGCCGCGGGCCCUCAUCAAUAAGAGCUGGACCGACCAUCAAGCGGGCGUCCCUUUUGAAAAGUUAAAGGAGCGGCAUGACGAGGCUGCCAAGUCUGGGGAUGCAGGUUGGGGCCCAGAGGGUCGACUUGCGACCUAUGUUGGCGCGGCUGUUGGCCUAGUUCGCCAAGUCAAGCCCGCUGCAUCCAUUAUUGCGGAAACUCGGGACGAGGCUAGAACCAUGUUGACCAUGAAUAGUAACAUGUAA